AUUGAAACGUCAAAGUCAAAACCAGCUGCAAAAUCCGACAGCGCGGCGACGGAGGCAGUCUGUCAUUUUCAAGUUUUGGUGCAGUGUUUUAGAUCGAAUUUAUUCUUAAAACUUGUAACAAUUGUUGUGAUUUAAGUGAUAAAUAUACACCAUGAGCCAGGCCGCAACCGAACCGCCCAAGGAGCGGUACAUCCCCAAUGGACUCAAGUUCGCCUUCGGUGGCCUUGCAGGCAUGGCUGCCACCUGUGUGGUCCAGCCGUUGGACCUCAUCAAAACUCGGAUGCAGCUGAGCGGAGGCGGGCGCUCCUCCUUCACAGUGGCCGGAGAGAUAGUCGCCAGAGAAGGCUUCGUGGCUCUCUACACUGGUCUGUCCGCUGGUCUGUUGCGACAGGCUACGUACACUACUACCAGGCUUGGAGUAUAUAAUAUACUCUUCGACACAUAUAAAGAACGAAAUGCCGGCGCCGCCCCUGGUUUCGGCAUGAAGACCCUCCUGGGUGUGGCUGCGGGCUCCAUAGGCGCCUUCGUGGGCACCCCGGCUGAGGUGGCCCUCAUUCGUAUGACGGCCGAUGGCCGCCUGCCCGCUGACCAGCGAAGGAAUUAUAAGAAUGUGGCUGACGCCCUCAUCAGGAUAGUACGCGAAGAAGGAGUCCUGAAGUUAUGGCGCGGCGCCACACCCACCGUCGGGCGAGCCAUGGUCGUCAACGCAGCUCAGCUCAGCACAUACUCACAGGCGCGCGAGAUGUUCGUAGGCUACGUCCCUGACGGCAUCACGCUGCACUUCUGCGCGUCCAUGGUGUCCGGAUUGGUCACCACCAUCGCCUCCAUGCCGGUCGACAUCAUCAAAACAAGAAUCCAAAACGCAGCCAAGGGCCAGAGCCAGCUGUCCGUGGUGUCCAACCUGCUCAAGAAGGAAGGCGUCCUCUCCCUGUGGAAGGGCUUCCUGCCAUAUUACGCGCGGCUCGGCCCGCACACCGUCCUGACCUUCAUCUUCCUAGAGCAGCUGAACGCCGCUUACUUCAAGUACCUGUAGGGAGUAUUUUAAAUAUUAAGCGUACAGUGAAAAAUCGGAAUUUUGAUGAAUUGUUUUGUGAAAGUAAUUUACAUGGUACGAGUUUUUAAGUUCGACAUUACUAUAUUCUGUAUCUUUAGGUAUUUAAAUAAAAGUAAACAUAUGAUAUCGUCGGGUGACAAGCAAAAGUCACUAACUAACAUUGAAAUAAUUGGAUAAUAAACCGUGUUACAAGUGUAAAAAAGUGCAUUGUUACUUUAAUUAUUAUUAUUAUUUUUUUAAUACUAAUAAAUCUUUAUUCACUUAAAACCUAAAAUAGUACAGAGUGUCGAUAUUAUGCUAGAUACAGAAAGCUUAUAAUUAGGUUUGUGACAGUUUCACCAAGGUCGAGCCUCUGUCUCCCGAACUAGGUCAGAGCCUAGAUAGUGCCUUUUGAUAGUACUUAGUGAUUCGACUUUUGCUUGUCACCCGACGAUAUGUACAUUUUUGGGUAGUUAUAACAUUUAUUGGUUAACCAACCAAAUACAAAACCACCUGGAUUUGUCACUGAACGACCUGACUUUAACGUACAUUAUUUGAUCGUGUGAUGUUUUCAUCUACCCUCAACUGGUUUGAGGAGCCAUUUGAGAGUAGAUUUUUUUUUACUUUUAUUUAAAUACUUAAAGAUGCAGACUAUAAUCAAAUAUUGGAGAGGUGGAAUACCUUCCAAAGCAAUUUUCGGCUGUUUAUUUUUGACACAACAUAAUUUAGCUGUAAUGUAAGAAAAUCGAAUGUAGGUACGUUCAAAAAAGCAAGAAUCGAUGUAAGCUCGGUAUAAUAUAAUCUACACCUUAAAAACUAACAUUGCAAAAUUUUACAAUAUAAAUGUUUUGUAAAUUCUACAAUUGUAGAAAUAUUUAUUAUUGAACCAUGAAUUAGUAAAAUUAUAUCAUUCAAGUGCCAAAAUUAUCAAAAAGCAACAUUUUCAUUGUGAUUAAAUAUUCCAUUUAUUUUUCUGAGCAUAUAUUUGUUUUUGUUUUAUAUUAUGUUUAUUUUCUUACAUGGAUUCUAUUAAGUUUAUUUUCAUAGUUGUUUUCGCUUUAUGAGAUUUUAGUUUUGAUUCAUUCUGUACAGUCGCCAUCAGAUAUAUUGGAGCGGCCAAGGUGCUCAUAAAUAUCUGAACACACCUCUAUUGUCAAGGCGUUAGAGUGCGUGUUCAGAUAUUUUUAAGCAUCUUGUCCGCUCCGAUAUAUCUGAUGGCGACUGUACCAUAUUUACACAUUAUUUAGAUUUAGGGAUAAUGUGAUAUGAGUGAUGGGAUAUUUGUAUACGAUGCCCUACUUCAUAUCUAAAAAUCUAUUAAACAUACAUUUUUAGUUUUACAUUAGGGGAAACUCGGACAAUUACGUGACAUGCGAAAUAACGUGAUACUAUUUGUUGUCAAGCGGACCCCAGGCUCCCAUGAGCCGUGGCAAAAUGCCGGGAUAACGCCAGGAAGAAGAAGAAGGUACUAUUUCUCAUGCUUAUAAGAUCUAAACACUAUGCGUAAUAAUAACAUUAUUUUUGAGUAAUAACCUUACUAAAAUACUAUUGAUAGUGUAGCGACUGAAAUGAAAUAAAAUGAAAAUUGGAACGAGAAAACGGAAUGAAAUUAUUAUUUGUGUCCUACUGAUAGUGUCCGAACUGCAUGAAUUACAUUUUGUGACGAGUUUACCAAGUUGACCCAACGUGUAACAGUGAUAUUACGAGUUACGAGUAUUGUGCAGUAUCACUCAUGUAAUGUUACCCAUGUUAUAUCAAAAUUUAAUUCAAAAUAGUAGAUAGUAUAGAUACGCACAGUCGCACAUUUAUUGUUAGAAUCGGAUCGUACAAAUUUAUUAAACUUUUUGGAUAUCUUUACAAUUUUUAUAGGUUUUUAAACUAUUCUCGGCAUAUGAUCUAUACACAAAUCGAUCUGUAAACAAAAUGCAUUGUUAGAAACACUUUUUUAAUUGGUAGAAUAGAAACACAUAUUAAAAUUUAAUUAGGUACGCUUCAAAAACUGUCUCUAGAUUUUAUUCACCUCAGUUGACUAAACAUUAAAUGUCAACGAAUUGUAUUACGGUAAUUCUCCAGUAACUGGCCACCUGUUAGUAAUUGGCCACCUGUUAGUAACUGGCCACCCUCAACUAAAAAUGAAUUCUAUUCACCUAUAACAGAUUUAAUUUUAGUAUAAGGUGACUAGUUAUUGACUGGCUGGCCAGUUAUUGAAACCUUAAACCAAAAUGAAUUCUGUUUAUAGGUGAAAAAAAAUCAUUUUAAGUUUAUGGUGGCCAGUUACUGGCGAAUUACCCUGCCUAGUUAUGAUUAAUUUUGUCACUCGAGCUAAAAUAGAACUAUAUUGUAUAAUGCCAUCCAGGGCACAGUAAAUGUAUCUCAUAACCAUUGCAUUUUAGACCUCAUAAUUUUUUUUUAUUAUAUGAUAAGAUUAUCAUACCGUCUGUGACAUUCGAGCUGAAAAGGAUGGCUUUAUGCAAGUGUUAUUUUUACACACCAUUGAAUUCAAACAAUUCGAUUUCAACUUUAUGUAUUAAAAUAAUGAAAUUAAUCAUGGAGAUUUCUGGUUACCAUUUUGCAUAAGACCAUUAUUAUGAAAUAUUCUGUAUGAUGUUGAAAGGUGUAUGUAUACAGGGUGGCCCAGAACUACCAUGUCAUAGUGACACCGAAGGUAGGUCAACUCAAGAGGAACCCAACCAGCCUAACAUGACCCCAGUAAAAAUUGUACCGUUUUCGAGUUAUUACCGAAAAAAAAUUGUGGUAGUUCUGGGACAUCCUGUAGUAUGUACUUAUAUAUUUUUAUAAAUAGAUUUAUCUGUGACUAACAUAGUGCAGACAUGAAUGUUUUGUUAAACGAACGAACGUUAUUAAAGAUUUUUGUUGUAA